GUGGGCGGGGCAUGAGGUUGUGGUUUCGGUAGUUCUCUGUCCGUUAAAUGUCGCAGACAUUAUUUUUUUCCAGCAGUUUGUGCACUGGAACGCGCGAGUUAAUUUCGGUGUAGUUGGACUAUCCUACAGUGAUCUGACGUUGUUACGUGAACAGGAAGUUGGAACUGCAGCUCUUAUUUACAGUAGUAGCGAGAAAGGGACUAUUUUAUCGGGCGUGCUUUUGGAGCGCAAAGCAAACCGUUUUUGUUACCAGUAUUCAUCCGCGUUGAGCACGGAGGUUCAAAAAGGAAGAACGUCGGCGCCAUCUUAAAGAGUGUGUAAAAAAAUUCAAAGAACGAGAAUUUCCGCUGUAGUGUUAUCGUGAUCUUACUUGUUACGUUCAGAGCAGUCGUCAACCUUUCAUUUUCCAACGUUUUGUUGAGUGAACUGUGAAUUGCACGGGCUGAUUAGUUAAUUUGUUUGCGGUAACGCUAGUUACAACACAAAAGAUGUCUGGUGGCGGUGUGAUCCGAGGCCCGGCUGGAAAUAACGAUUGCCGAAUUUAUGUGGGGAAUCUUCCUCCGGAUAUUCGUACUAAGGACGUCGAGGACGUUUUCUACAAGUAUGGGGCGAUCCGAGACAUCGACUUGAAAACUCGUAGGGGAGGACCACCAUUUGCCUUUGUGGAAUUUGAGGAUCCAAGAGAUGCAGAGGACGCUGUGUAUGGACGGGAUGGCUAUGAUUAUGAUGGAUACCGCCUGCGAGUCGAAUUUCCGAGGAGCGGUAGGGGUGGCGGGAGAGGGGGCGGAGGAGCCGGUACCCCCAGGGGCAGAUAUGGACCCCCAUCCAGACGCUCCGAAUACAGAGUGAUCGUUUCAGGGCUUCCUCCAAGCGGUAGCUGGCAGGAUUUAAAGGAUCACAUGCGUGAAGCAGGUGAUGUAUGUUACGCUGACGUUUUCCGAGAUGGAACUGGUGUUGUGGAGUUUGUGCGCAAAGAAGACAUGGCCUACGCACAUCGAAAGCUGGAUAGCACUAAAUUCCGAUCACAUGAGGGCGAGACGGCGUACAUCCGGGUGAAAGUGGACGGCCCCAGGAGCCCGAGUUACGGACGCUCCCGGUCCCGCAGCAGGAGCCGAAGCCGCAGCAACAGCCGCAGCCGCAGCCGCAGCUACUCCCAGCAGCGCCGCAGCAGAGGAUCCCCGCGCUACUCUCCACGCCACAGCCGCUCCCGCUCUCGUACCUAAGCUCCGCCUUCAUCUUCCACGUCUCGCUCUUCUGGUGGACCCACAAGUUGUACUUUUUUUGUUUUUUGUUUUGCUUUUACCUUUUCCCCUCCUCCCCGUUUUAUUAAAGUUUGCUACCGAUUUUUUUCAAUUCCAUCCCCCCCCCCCCCCCACCCCACCCCCCAUUUCAUAUGCUAAUGAGCUUGUUGAAGUCUAGAAUGUGGGUAUGUCCCUGCGUCUCCUCUCCUCUCCCUCCCCUCACCCCCUCCCCUACGUCCCAUCGCCCUGUCCUCCCCUGUCUGUUUGUCCUGCGUAAACUGCUUUUUAACUGGCUGUUCGGUCUUCUCCCCCCUUUGGUAUUUACAAACUGACUGCAGGGUCUUGUUCGAAUGCUUUGAGUUGUCGGGUGUUUUUGAUUUUCUUUUCUCUUGUGGGUGGGAGGUUAGUUUGUGGGGGGAGGGGUCGGUGUUUGUAUGGGAGCUGGGAACCAUAUUGCAAAACUGUUCUCUUUUACCUUUUCAUGUGUCUUUCUAUAGACAUCUGAAGAGCAGGAUUAAAGAAUGCUUUGGAAUAAAGGAUUGUGCAGCAGAGUUCAUUCAUAUUAGGAUAAUCAAAGCGUAUUUGGAGGAGGAGCAGUCAGAUCAAUAAAGGAGGCAAUGGUAUGACAGCAAGUGCUUCAGUCACAUCUAAAAACUUGGCAGUAUUGAUUUUUUAUUUUUUUAUUAAACAAUGUCCCAACAGUUAACUUGUAUAAUACUGCGCCUGACACUUAAGUACUUUGUUUACUUUCUCACCCUGUCCCCUUUUCAUGGAUCAGUACUGCUAAGCAUGCAUGUCUUCAUGUACGACUGAAUGUAAGAAUACUUGUGUACAAUAUAAGGCAAGGAUUACCACCCCUCCCCCACCUACCCUUCUAUUAAGUAGAAAUUUAGAGGCUUUUCUGUUAUUUUGUUAAAGGCAUUGGACUGCCCACAGCAUUGUAAAUUGACAGAAAAAUUGCAAUUUGCUAUGGCACUGAGUAUUUCGGAUUUGAAAACCUGAAAAUCUGAUUCUGAAUUUUUUUUCUUUUUUCUUUUUUUUUAAAAAAUGGGUAGCAAUUUCAUUGGCCUCAACUGUAAUGUGUAGACCAUUGCAAGGAGCCAAUUGUCCCGAUUUAAAAUUGUUCAGAGUUGCCUUCGGAGCUGAUCAUUGUCUGGUAUCCUGCUUUUUGGUUAAACUUUAUUUGAAAAAAUUGAUAUCCAGCCAUAUGAUCUCCUCCUGGAUGCAUAAUUUAAGGAGACGUUUUUUUUAUUGGUCCUGAUUCUAACUUGUUGCCUCCUUCUUUUUGAUUUGCUGGUAUUCAAAGGUUUGGAUUGGAGGAGGGGCCCACUGGGGCCCAAUCCUUGGAGCCGGAUCAUUGGAUCAGUUCAUAAUCAGGAUAGGAUAGGAUAAGGAGCGGGAUACAUGGAGCGGGAUCAAUUUACCGGGAACCGUAGGAGUGGAUUCCCCCCUCACCAAAAAGCAUUUAUGGAGUUUCAAAACCACUUCUUUCAAUUGGCUACCCAAAAUACCAAAUUUAAGUUUUUGUUUUUUGUUUUUUCGUGGAACCCCAAAGAUGUGCGCACAUGGGAUUCGGCUUAAUUUUUUUUAUUUUUGUUUGAGUGGAGCAGAGCAAGGACCGAGAGGCUGGAUCAAUUUCGUUGGAUGGAAUCCGCAUGAGGAGCUUGGUAAAUAGAAGGGAAUUUAAUGGGGAGGGUUGGGUUUUUUUGUAGUUUCAGGUUUGGAAAAAAAAAAUAAAAUGUCUGUUUCCUUGUUGCUGAUUGCCACAAGGAAAAUGUUGCUGUACUCAAUUGGCUAUUUCUCCUUUUGUAGUUUGUAGUGGUUAACAACCCCCCGCCCCCUCAAUAAAGUGUUACAUACCAUAA